UGUUGCCGUAAUGGAGCUCAGCAGGGGAGAGGUGCCACUUUAUGGUCAGGUGGAGGUCUUUGUGAAGCUGCAGGUGUCACCGUGUGUUCAGGAAGAAGCUGACUACUAUGUGCUUCUUGUAGGCUCAUCCCUUCACCAUGUCACUACAGCUCACAGGACCGCGGAUCAAGGUUCAGUUAGAUUCACUGUGCCCGGCCACGAUGUUCCAGAGAAAGUAUCUGUCGAGAUCUACUGCUGUUUGAGGGGCAGCAGAAGCCCCAUCAGCCCCUUCUGCAAUUCAGGACAGCUCUCUCUGGAGUAUAUCUGGGAUGAGGCACAAGAGGUGGCAGAGCAGCUGAUGAACUUGACAUCCAGCAGCUAUCAGGAUAUCCUACGGAAGUUCUGCCCAGAGAAAAUGCUUUCAUCUGAGACUAACCAUUUAGACCAGACUGGCCAGCAUGGGACAGAUGGGAUUUGUGAUCCAAAGGAAUUAUUUCGUUUGGACUGCCUAGCAGAUCGAGGGCUCAGUGUUUGUGAACAGGGGAAUUUGAGUCAGGGAGAAGCCUCAGGAACAUCAGAGUUUAAUCCAGAGCACAGAUGCACAGUGGGACAACAGAGUGCAGUUGAUGAACAAAUCACACAGGCCCUGGCUAAUAUCCACUUUCUGGGAUGGGACGGCCAAGCUGGACAGAAGCAAGAUCUCCUUUCCAGGAAAAUGCCUGUACAUGUGGCUAUCAUUUUGGGGUUCCCCCACCUCAGUCACUUCCUCCUCCAUGAGUCUGAAGGUCAGAGGAUGAUUCCCAUCAUCAACAAGGAAGGACAAAGUCCUCUGACACUGGCUCAGAAGCACAGAGACCCACUCAUCAGCGCUCUAACAGUUCCCUCAAGUAGCAGUGUGUGGAGGCCAGUGUGGAUGUGUCAGAUAUGGACUGACGGCUCUCAUCAGCUCCGUAUCUGCCCUGUCACCGAAUCUGUUUGUCUGACUGUGAGGAACGGAACAUGGAUAGAUGCAGCGCACAGCAUCGAGCUGUACAGAGAGAAGGGCAGAGCUUCGGAUACACUUGCAAGGGUGGAACAUGUGGAGCGACUGAGUGAGGGAAGCGUACGCAGAUCUGAUGAAUGUGACACAGAUCUGAAUAGCCCACUGAGAAUGGAGGAUGAAACCCUGGUGGAUAGUGUCUUUGAAGAACAGCUUGUUCUCUGUCUGGAUGAAGAGGAAGAAGAUCUAAACACGUUUAACUCAGAGAAGCUGUGUUCCUCUCCUGACUCCUGCACUCCAUUUCACCUCAGUUCUUCAGACACUGCUGCUGUCAUGCUCAGAGACUCCGCUAAGGACAAUGACCUCAACAUGAAGUACGCUGUUACAAGUGUCACAGAGGACAGUUCUGGGACAGAUAGCGGUGUGUGGCGAAUGUCAGAUAUGGGGGUCUUGUCACCAGGGACUAUAGAUAUGCCUCCAGCUAUUAAAGAUGAUGAAGGUCAGAGAGGAUGGCAGCAUGCUUCCUGUUCUUUCUCUCCCACCUCUCCAGCGGGACCGAUGCUGGAUAGACUCAUACGUGCCACACGACCUGCUGAACUGACAUAUAACAGCUCAAGCUCACCUACAGAGCCAUGUGACCUAAGCCCGAGUCUGGUGGCCUUGGAAAUGGACAGCGAGGAGGAUGAUGAUGAUGAUGAUGACAUUUUAAUGAAGAAGCCCCUCCCCCAGCCACAGCCUGAGCUCAAAAACAGCGUAGAUGAUCGGGUUAUAUCUGGCCCCGCCCCCGAUCUUACCUGCACGCGUUCACACUCCGCCUCCUCACCCUGCAACCCCACCCCUGCAAAGGAUAUUGAGCAGGGCAUCCGUCUCCGUUCGUAUUCCUUCACAUCCCCCAAAAUCAGCCUGCUGCCUCCACGGUUAAGCAGGGAUGCCCAACCUCCACCUACCGACCUCAACCAGGAACAUCGUGCCUGCAGCACAUCAGAGCAGCCUCGAGAGAAAAGGGAGUUAAGGUUUCGUAGGCGUGCUCAGUCGGCUGACGACGAGACCAGUGCAGAGCUGGCCAACUCCCUCCAACACCUCACGCUCUCUGAAUUCCUCAAAGAGAUUGAGGAAGAGGAAUGGGACAAAUACAUCGUCCCUUCCAAAACAGAGUCAGAAAAAUGCAAAGUCAGUCGCACGUUCAGCUUUAUAAAGAGCCGAAUGUAUAGCACUCGCAACAAGAACAAGGGGAGAGGAAAAGAGAGAGAGACCAAAGACAAACAGGUCAAUGGACAUCAGUUCACAGCUGGAUCUGUCCUGGGGUCGACACUUUGUGAGAUCUGCGGCAAGCCAGCUCCUGGGAAAGAGGUCCUCCACUGCACAUACUGUGCAGUUAGCAUCCAUAAGGGCUGUAAGGACUCAUCUGCACCAUGCCUGAAGAAACCUCAAGACAAAUCUUCUGUAAUGACAGUAAAAAGCAGGACAGCCUCCCUCCCUCAGAAUUUUAUAGUGCGUGAAAGUUCCUCCUCGUGGUCUCAGAUGCCCAUCUCCGCCUCUCUUCCUGUGAUGACAUCACGAGACUCUACACCUCUUCUUUGCCCUCUGUCUAGAAGUGUGCCUGCAGUCACAGAAAGGCUUUGCGGUAGCCCAGAAGCAGAUAGUGACGCUCCCCCAUGGCAGAACAAUAUUCAACCAGAGGAGCUCCUCCAAACAUUGGAGUCCUCAACAUCCACUGAUUCUUCUCUUAUUGAAGACUCUGUAGAUUCCCCACUACAGAAUGAGCUGGUAAUGAAUGCUGUGGAUUUGGAGGCGGAGUCAUGGAGUCUAGCGGUAGAGCCCCAGUUCUGUAAGAUGCAAGAAAAGCGCAUCGUCAAGAGACAGGAUGUCAUUUACGAGUUCAUGCAGACCGAGCUCCAUCACGUACAGACGCUGGUGAUAAUGGCGGAGGUCUUCAGGCGGGGAAUGCGGGAAGAAGUCGGACUGGAUGCGGACACUAUUGAUCGGAUUUUCCCUUGCUUAGAUGAGCUGCUUCUCCUCCACCGUGACUUCCUUUCAGCGAUGAAGGAACGGCGGCAAAGCUGCAUUCAGCCCAACAGCCGCAAGAACUACCUCAUCCACCAUGUGGGUGACAUCUUUCUGCAACAGUUCUCCCAGGAAAAUGCAGAGAAGAUGAAGCAGGUGUAUGGCGAGUUUUGCAGUCACCACACAGAAGCGGUCAGCUACUUCAAAGAGCUUCAGCAGCAGAAUAAGAGAUUUCAGCUCUUCAUCAGACAACAGAGUAGCAACUCCUUGGUAAAAAGACGAGAAAUCCCAGAAUGCAUCUUGCUAGUGACGCAGAGAAUUACAAAGUAUCCCGUCCUCCUGGAAAGAAUCCUGCAAUAUACAGAGGAGGGCACAGAAGAGCAUGCUGACCUCUCCUGUGCACUAGUCCUGAUCCGAGAGCUGAUCUCCGCUGUGGACCAGUGCGUGAGUCAGUGCGAGCAGAACCAGAAGCUGAGUGAGGUCCUGGGCCGCAUGGAGAACAAAUGCUCGACUAAACUGAAGAGUGGAAACCCCUUCCGCAAGCAGGACAUCACCAGUGGCAGAGCUCUGCUGCACCAGGGCCCGCUGCUCUGGAAGACAGCCACAGGAAGACUGAAAGAUGUUCUGGCGUUUUUGCUGUCUGAUUCAUUGGUGUUCCUUCAGGAGAAAGAUCAGAAAUACAUCUUUGCUGCUGUGGACCAGAAGCCUCCGGUGAUCUCUCUGCAGAAGCUGAUUGUGCGUGAGGUGGCCAAUGAGGAGAGAGGCAUGUUUCUGAUCAGCGCGUCUUCAGCUGGUCCUGAGAUGUAUGAGGUGCACGCUGCUUCUAAAGAUGAACGAAAUGCCUGGAUGAGACUCAUCAGAGAGGCUGUGGAGAGUUGCCCUGAAGAGGAGGAUAAAACUACAAGUGAGUCAGAAGAGGAAAGGAGAGUCACAGAGGCAAAGGUCCAAAAGAUCCACAGGCUAAAAGAGUCUUUGUGUGGCCACGAUCACCUCAUCUGUGCAAAUCUGGGGGAGAAGCUACACAUCUAUCAUAUCAUGGCAGGAGAAAGUGAGACAGGACCAGAGCCCAGACUGCUGGUCCGGCCCAGCACUGAAGACAUCCCUCAGGCUGGAGUACUGCUCAGCGCUGCUCUUAUAGAGGUGGAGAACCUGAAAGCAGCUCUCUCCUCUCACUGUGCUUCAACUGCUGCCAUCCUGUCUUGUCCAGAAGAACAGACCCAACCCGAGGCUUGCUCUCCCUCCUCCCCUCUGUCCCUUGAGCACCAGAGCCCACUGAUGGACCCCCUCCAGAGAGAGGAUGGAGACUGGAGAGGAGAGCAAUGUUUGGAAACACAGGCCUUUAAUCACAGCUCAGAUGCUGAUCACAAUAUUCACCUAAAGGUGAGUCAGAGUGUGCAGAGCUUGACUCAGCUGCUGUAUAGUCUACAGGCCGCAGUCACCAUCCAAGACAGUUGCUAUGAAGUCCAGAGGCUCCUCCUCUUCCUGUUAGCAAGCCCCUCCCCUCACCAACACUCCCGCCCACUGCCCAUCACUCGCAGCAACCAGACCCUGCAGGAGCAGGAGCGUCAGCGGGAGGUGGAGCGCCGGCGAGAGGAGCUGGCGGAUGUGGCCCGUCUACGGGGCGCCCUGGUACGAGAGCGGCAGCAGUGGGAACGGGAGAGCCAGGUGAGGCAGCUUCAGCAGUCAGACCUGGAGGCAUCACUGGAGCAGAGGGAGGUGGUGUGCCACCUAGAGGAGCGGAGACUGCAGAGUGAGCAGCAGGAGCUCCAAGAGCAGCUGCAGGAGUACCAGCAAAGCCUGGAGAGGCUGCAAGAAGGCCAGAGAAGUGUGGAAAAGGAGAAGGAGAAGCUGGAUGCCCAGCGGAGGCUGCUGGACAGUUUGAGGCAGGGCUACCAGCAGAACCUGCCAGCUAUGGUGAUACCACUGGAUGGACAGCAGACACAGGACGCUGGUCACCAUCGCCUGGGUGGUCAGGAUGAGCAUGGAUCCAUUUUUGUGAACGAGGCAGCGUUUAUGUCUCCCUCUCUGAACAACAGGCACAUCCAUCUUCAACAUCAUCAUCAGACUGUUCACCUUCACUCAGGAUCUAUAGGAUACUCAGAUUCUCCCAGUGCUCAGAACAGUCUCAAUUCACUCCUGGCCCGAUCCAACCACAGACAGAGCUCUGCUGGAUUAUCUGACGGUCCUGCGGGGCUUGAGAGCUGGACUGGAGGAACAAUGUCCUUGACCCCUCAGAGAAGUCUAACAGAUAUCCCAAACAAUGACGCGGGUCAUCUCAGUCAUGUCCAAGACUCUUGGUCAGCCGGAGUAACAGGGGCAGAGCUUCAUCAAGCCGACGUCCUGCUCGUCAACCAGCCCUUUGUUAACAUAGAGACAGAGAACAGAGAUACUGAUGCGGAGGAGAAUAUUGUGUAUCUCUGAAAUGGUUGGUGUUGAAACGAAACAUUUGGACUUGGAUUUUCAAUUUGAGAUUUGGGCCGGAUCUGAUCCCACUCCUUGCUUUUGGCUUCUUUCUUUAAACUUUAAUCAAACUUUUGGCCUUCUGUGACAUUCUCCAGACUUCAUAGCACUUACUUUGGUCCGUGUGUGAGACGGGGCUCGUCUGAGGCUGGAUUUUGCUUUAUAGCCUGCAGCCUGCAAUGACAGAAUCAGGUUAGGCAGUUUCAGCACACGUUUAGUCACACACGUACAAAAGUCCCCCACCCACACAAUGUAUUAUUCAAUGUAUUUUUCUGCAACUGCCCAUGCCAGCUCACAUCAGGAUGCAAAAAUACUGACCCUUUCUUUCAGUAGUUGAAUGAUGAUUUGGUUUAUAAAAGCAUUCACUGCUUAGUAUAUGAGUCAGGGUUAUGUUAUGUAUGUGUGGGUUUUAGAGUUAGGAAUUUGAUUGUUACCUUUCAAAUUCAAUCUCUCACAUUUGGAAACUAGUUGUCCGUAUGGAGGAUAAUGUGGUGUCCUGCUUUACUCUUCUGAAACAGUUCAGAUUCAUUGGUGCUCAUGAACCAUUGCCUGUAAUGUCACAUGUGCAGUAAACGUCUAAAAAAACGUCUCAUCAGCACUGCAUCCAAAUAUAUUUCUUGAUACUUUAGGCUAAUUAAAAUGUUUCUGUAUUGGUCUAAAGGCUUUGUUCACACAUUUUGAAUGUUGUCUGUUAUAUUAUUCAUUGCUUGUGUGGGGCAACACUAUAAACACUUUUUGGUCAUACAUAGACUAUAUGUUUGCAAAUUGCAUAAUUCAAGCUUGCUGUCAUUUCAGUCACACUAAAAAAACAACAACAAAUAAAUAAAUAAAAAUCCCAAUUCAAAUUUCAAGGCAUAAUUGUUAUAAAAGAAACCAGUACAGACCAGUACUAGGUGUUAUUAUGUACUUGAUGUAAAGUGACAAGAAUACAAUGUGUAUUUGCUUUUUUUAAUGACUUUGUGUAAAAACUGCACGUGAGAACACUUGCUAUUUUUUGUUUUGUUUCUUCCAAUCCAUAGACCUUAUUUAUUGUUGAUAUUUUUAAGAAAUCAUUGUUAUGUACAGAGCAUGUUUUGUAUAAUUGUUGUAUGUAGACAGGUGUAUCAGGUGUUUUAUAUAGUAAACGUUCAUACAUCA